CGCCCCAGUUCGGUCACACUGUUCGAAAGAGCGAGACGAAAAACACGGCAACACGGCGAACGGAAAACUCAGUGAAAAUUUUUCCGUGUGAUUACUAUGUGCGCCUAACAAAAGACAAACGAUCGGGUCGCGUCAUCUGUUAUUUUUUUGCGCCAAAUGUCUUAAAAUUCCGGAGAUUGUGCUUCCAAAAUAAGAUGGCCCUCGAGCCAUACAUAAAGUCUGCUGAAAUCGAACCUCAAUUGUGCCAAGUUAUAGCAAAUAAUGAAGAUGUGACAACGAAAGCGUCGAAAUGCGCGACAUUUAACCGGGGAGUGGGAUGGCGACAUCUGCUGAUCGGCUUUCUACUGAUUUGCUUUGGCAUCUCAAACAGUUGGCAGUACAAAAAUGUUCACAUGCCCAGCUCCUCAUCUCUGAUAGCCAGCCCGCCCGCCAGUGCGUUCGUGAACACGCCGGCCACCCUGCUCUUCACCACGCGCCACGACAUCCAGGUGGCGAACAUCACGAGGCCCACGGGCGGACCUCAGAUCGAUGUGAUUGUCCGCGAUCUGGCCGAGGCGAUGGCCAUCGAUUUCUACUACGCCAAGAACCUGGUCUGCUGGACGGAUUCCGGCCGGGAGAUCAUCGAGUGCGCCCACACCAACUCCUCGGCGCUGCAGCCGCUUUUGCGGGCGCCGAAGCAAACUGUGAUAUCCACGGGUCUCGAUAAGCCCGAGGGUCUGGCCAUCGACUGGUAUACGGACAAAAUCUACUGGACGGACGGCGAGAAGAACCGGAUUGAGGUGGCCACGCUGGAUGGCCGCUACCAGAAGGUGCUCUUCUGGACGGAUCUCGAUCAGCCGCGUGCGGUGGCCGUGGUUCCCGCUCGCAAGCUGCUCAUCUGGACGGAUUGGGGCGAGUACCCGAAGAUCGAGCGGGCCAGCAUGGAUGGCGAUCCGCUGUCUCGCAUGACGUUGGUCAAGGAGCAUGUGUUCUGGCCCAAUGGAUUGGCCGUAGACCUGAAGAACGAACUGAUUUACUGGACGGAUGGCAAGCACCACUUCAUCGAUGUGAUGCGGCUGGAUGGAAGCAGUCGGCGGACGAUAGUCAACAACCUGAAGUACCCCUUUAGUUUGACCUUUUUCGACGACCGUCUUUACUGGACGGACUGGCAGAGGGGAUCGCUGAAUGCGUUGGAUCUGCAGACCCGUGAGCUAAAGGAGCUGAUUGACACGCCCAAGGCGCCGAAUUCUGUGCGAGCCUGGGAUCCCUCGCUGCAGCCAUACGAGGAUAAUCCGUGUGCCCACAACAAUGGCAACUGCUCGCAUCUCUGCCUGCUGGCCACGAACUCGCAAGGCUUUAGUUGCGCCUGUCCCACGGGCGUCAAGCUAAUCUCCCCGAAUAUCUGUGCCAAUGGAUCGCAGGAAAUGAUGUUUAUUGUGCAGAGAACGCAGAUCAGUAAGAUAUCCCUGGACUCGCCCGAUUACACCAUAUUCCCGCUCCCCUUGGGCAAGGUGAGGUAUGCCAUAGCCAUCGAUUACGAUCCGGUGGAGGAGCAUAUCUAUUGGUCCGAUGUGGAAACGUAUACGAUCAAACGAGCUCAUGCCGAUGGCACGGGAGUCACGGACUUUGUGACCUCCGAGGUGCGUCAUCCCGAUGGCUUGGCGCUGGAUUGGCUGGCUCGCAAUCUGUACUGGACGGAUACGGUGACGGAUCGGAUUGAGGUGUGUCGCCUGGACGGAACGGCCAGGAAGGUGCUGAUCUACGAGCAUCUGGAGGAGCCGAGAGCCAUUGCGGUGGCACCUUCGCUGGGCUGGAUGUUCUGGAGCGAUUGGAACGAGCGCAAGCCCAAGGUGGAGCGGGCAUCGCUGGACGGAUCGGAGCGUGUGGUUCUGGUCUCCGAGAACCUCGGUUGGCCCAACGGCAUUGCCUUGGACAUCGAGGCCAAGGCGAUCUACUGGUGCGAUGGCAAGACGGACAAAAUCGAGGUGGCCAACAUGGAUGGCUCCGGCCGGCGCGUCGUGAUUAGCGAUAAUCUGAAGCAUCUGUUUGGCCUGAGCAUCCUGGAUGACUACUUGUAUUGGACAGAUUGGCAGCGUCGCUCCAUAGAUAGGGCCCACAAGAUCACUGGAAAUAAUCGGAUAGUGGUGGUGGAUCAGUAUCCGGAUUUAAUGGGCCUCAAGGUGACUCGUUUAAGGGAAGUGCGCGGUCAGAAUGCUUGUGCUGUGCGGAACGGAGGCUGCUCGCAUCUCUGCCUGAAUCGGCCGAGGGAUUACGUGUGCCGCUGUGCCAUCGACUACGAGUUGGCCAACGAUAAGCGCACCUGUGUGGUGCCAGCUGCCUUUCUUCUGUUCUCCCGCCAAGAGCACAUUGGUCGGAUUUCCAUUGAGUACAACGAGGGCAAUCACAACGAUGAAAGGAUACCCUUCAAGGAUGUGCGCGAUGCCCAUGCCCUGGAUGUGUCUGUUUCGGAGCGGAGGAUUUACUGGACGGAUCAGAAGAGCAAGUGCAUCUUUCGGGCCUUCCUGAAUGGCUCCUAUGUGCAGCGGAUUGUGGACUCGGGUCUGAUUGGACCCGAUGGCAUUGCCGUCGAUUGGUUGGCCAAUAAUAUCUACUGGUCGGAUGCCGAGGCGCGGCGCAUUGAGGUGGCCCGUUUGGACGGAAGCAGCCGGAGGGUGCUGCUCUGGAAGGGAGUGGAGGAGCCACGAUCCCUGGUGCUGGAGCCGCGACGCGGUUACAUGUACUGGACGGAAUCGCCGACGGACUCGAUUCGCCGGGCGGCCAUGGAUGGAACCGAAUUGCAGACAAUCGUAGUGGGCGCUAAUCAUGCCGCCGGACUUACAUUCGAUCAGGAGACGAGGCGUCUGUACUGGGCCACCCAAUCGCGGCCAGCUAAAAUCGAAAGCGCCGAUUGGGACGGCAAGAAGCGGCAGAUUCUGGUGGGCAGCGACAUGGACGAGCCGUAUGCGGUGUCCUUGUACCAGGACUAUGUGUACUGGAGCGACUGGAACACCGGCGACAUUGAGCGCGUGCACAAGACGACGGGUCAGAAUCGCAGCCUCGUUCACUCGGGCAUGACUUACAUCACCUCGCUGCUGGUGUUCAACGAUAAGCGACAGACUGGGCAGAAUCCCUGCAAGGUGAAUAAUGGAGGCUGCUCGCACCUCUGUUUGUCGCAACCCGGAAGGCGGGGAAUGACCUGCGCCUGCCCCACCCACUACCAGUUGGCCAAGGACGGCGUCUCCUGCAUUCCGCCCAAGAACUACAUCAUCUUCAGCCAGCGGAACAGCUUCGGAAGGUUGCUGCCGAACACCACAGAUUGCCCGAAUAUUCCGCUGCCCGUGUCGGGCAAGAAUAUUCGUGCUGUGGACUAUGAUCCCAUCUCUCAUCACAUUUAUUGGAUUGAGGGCAGAAGUCACAGCAUCAAGCGAUCUCUGGCAAACGGAACCAAGGUUAGCUUGCUGGCAAAUUCUGGGCAACCUUUUGACCUAGCCAUCGAUAUCAUUGGGCGUCUGCUCUUCUGGACGUGCUCCCAGUCCAAUAGUAUUAAUGUAACUAGCUUCCUGGGCGAAUCCGUUGGCGUCAUCGAUACCGGGGAUUCGGAAAAACCUCGAAACAUUGCCGUGCACGCCAUGAAGCGUCUGCUCUUUUGGACCGAUGUGGGCAGCCAUCAGGCCAUUAUACGUGCCCGCGUUGACGGCAAUGAGCGCGUUGAGUUGGCCUACAAACUGGAGGGCGUCACUGCCUUGGCUUUGGAUCAGCAGUCCGAUAUGAUUUACUAUGCUCACGGCAAGCGGAUUGAUGCCAUCGAUAUUAAUGGAAAGAACAAAAAAACCCUGGUUUCAAUGCACAUCUCGCAAGUGAUCAAUAUCGCCGCCCUGGGUGGAUUUGUCUACUGGCUGGAUGACAAAACCGGUGUGGAACGCAUCACUGUCACGGGCGAAAGGCGAUCCGCUGAGCUGCAGCGCCUGCCACAAAUCACCGACAUCCGUGCCGUCUGGACACCCGAUGCGAAGGUGCUGCGCAACCACACCUGCCUGCACAGCCGCACCAAGUGCUCCCACAUCUGCAUAGCCAGCGGCGAGGGAAUGGCUCGCACCCGCGACAUCUGCUCCUGCCCCAAGCAUCUAAUGCUGCUGGAGGACAAGGAGAACUGCGGCGCCUUUCCCGCCUGCGGACCCGAUCACUUCACGUGCGCGGCUCCCGUAUCGGGAAUCAGUGACGUGAACAAGGACUGCAUACCGGCCUCCUGGCGCUGCGACGGACAGAAGGACUGUCCGGACAAGUCGGACGAGGUGGGCUGUCCCACAUGCCGGGCGGAUCAGUUUAGCUGCCAGUCGGGCGAGUGCAUCGACAAGUCGCUGGUCUGCGAUGGCACCACCAACUGUGCCAAUGGUCAUGACGAGGCGGAUUGUUGUAAGCGGCCAGGGGAGUUUCAGUGUCCCAUCAAUAAGCUCUGCAUCUCCGCCGCCCUGCUCUGCGAUGGCUGGGAGAAUUGUGCCGAUGGAGCCGAUGAAUCCUCAGACAUUUGCAUGCAGCGUCGCAUGGCGCCCGCCACGGACAAGCGCGCAUUUAUGAUACUGAUUGGAGCCACCAUGAUUACCAUCUUCUCGAUUGUCUAUCUGUUGCAGUUCUGCCGCACGCGGAUUGGCAAGAGCCGAACGGAGCCAAAGGACGAUCAGGCCACGGAUCCAUUGUCACCCUCAACGCUGAGCAAAUCCCAAAGGGUGUCCAAGAUCGCCUCCGUGGCGGAUGCCGUUCGCAUGUCCACGCUCAAUUCGCGCAACAGCAUGAACUCCUACGAUCGCAAUCACAUCACUGGCGCCUCGAGUUCAACAACGAAUGGCAGCAGCAUGGUGGCAUAUCCCAUUAAUCCGCCACCCUCGCCGGCGACCAGAUCGAGACGUCCGUACAGGCACUACAAGAUCAUCAACCAGCCACCGCCACCAACGCCCUGCUCCACGGACAUUUGUGAUGAGUCCGACUCGAAUUACACGAGCAAAUCGAACAGCAAUAACAGCAAUGGAGGGGCCACGAAGCAUUCUUCCAGCUCGGCGGCCGCCUGCCUGCAAUACGGCUACGAUAGUGAGCCGUAUCCGCCGCCGCCGACACCGCGCUCGCACUACCACAGCGACGUUCGCAUUGUGCCGGAGUCCUCCUGCCCGCCAUCGCCGUCGUCACGGAGCUCCACGUACUUUUCGCCGCUUCCGCCCCCGCCAUCGCCCGUUCAGUCGCCCAGUCGGGGUUUCACGUAACAUUUUGAGAUUUACAUGUAAGGCGAAAGAAAGAGGAA